UCCGCUAUAGGCUAAAUCAAAAUCCUUAUUUGUGAAAGCCAUUUGCGCAAAUCUUUGUUGUUUUUUUUUUCCUCACGGGGAAAUGAGUCGUAUACAUCCUCAUUCAAAGUGCGGAGUGUUGCUUUUAAUGCUCAAGUCGUGACGUUUUUUUUUUUGACAAGCUUAACUCAUUUUGUUGCAGACUGAGGAAGAAGAUGGCGGAGGAACACAAAAGCAGUGAACUCCAAGACAUAAAGGAGUUGGUGGAUGAAUUGUACAAUUACAGAGACUGUUACUUUGAGACUCACAGCGUGGAGGAGGCGGCCCGGAAACAAGAAGAUGUCACACUCGAGUUGGAAAAGGUGCUGAAAAAGCUGCAGGAAAAAGAAGAUUCCUACAAGCACAAAGCAGAGUUUCUGCUGCUGAAGGGCAGGUGCCUCAGCGUAGCCCCAGAUUUCAGCGUCGCUGCAGAGGAUUGCCUUUCCCGCGCUGUCAAGCUGGAGCCUGGCUUGGUGGACGGCUGGAACACUCUUGGCGAGCAGUACUGGAAAAAGGGCGACCUGAUGGCUGCGAAGAACUGCUUCACGGGAGCCUUGCAGCAGAGCAAGAACAAAGUGUCUCUGCGCAACAUGUCCAUGGUUCUGAGGCAGCUCCCAGCGGCGGACGGCGACACGCACGGAAAGCAGGUUAUGGAGAGCGUGGACAUGGCCCGGCAAGCUGUCCAACUGGACGUCGCUGACGGGACAUCCUGGUAUAUUUUAGGCAACGCCUAUGUAUCCCUGUUCUUCUCUUGUGGACAAAGGCCGCAGUUUUCCACACAGGCUCUAAGUGCCUACGCGCAGGCUGAAAGAGUGGACCGAGCCGCCGCCUGCUACCCAGAGCUGCACUUUAACCGAGCCAUCCUGUUUCAGUACGAAGAAAUGUUUGGGUCGGCGCUGGGGGGCUACAGCCGCGCGGCCGCCUUGGACCCCGGCUGGCCAGAGCCUGCGGAGAAGGAAAAGCAGCUGAUGGAGUACCUCAACAACGUCACAGAACUCUGUCAGAAAAAGGGGAAGGUGAAAGCGCGUCGUUUACGGAGCAUGCUGUCCAACCUGAGCACGUCGUCUCUGGGCCCAUGUUCCUCUCCCGAUUUUCGCUCAUGGACGGGUCGCGUGGGCAGCCUGGAAUCGCGGCCAUCAUCCUCGCUGACGCACGGCCUCAACGGCGGCGUGGCCGCCCUGGGGAAGGUGGUGUUCAGUCUGGCGUCCCAGGAUCGCAUGGCCUUUACGUUCGGCAUGGUGGACAGCGAGGAGACGUGCGUGGUGGUGAUGGUGUACAACACGGCCGACAGCUGGGGGGUCCUCAUCGGAGACACGGUGGUGGUUCCCGAGCCUCGGGUCAAACGACACAGCAUCACGCACAAAGACAGGUCGUUUGACUUCAAGAGCAUCCGAGUGGACUCUCCUUUGUUCCUCAUCGUCAACGGCAGGACACAAAAUGCCCAGAGUCUCAUCGUUACCUCCGUCAGCUACAAGCCUCAGAGUGAAUAAGGACCAAAUGGAGCGGACCAGUUUCGUAUGUUGUUUUGUAAAUAAUUCCCGGCCGGCCGUCACGUUAUUGUUUUUUUUUUCUUUAUAUUUAUUUGAGUGUACAUUGUUGUGGAGGCAUCAACUGGUUGCAAAAUAAAGUUGAAUGUGCAAUCCUG